UUCUUCUUUUUCUUCUGAUUAUUAUUAUUAUUAUUAUUAUUAUUAUUAUUAUUAUUAUUAUUAUCAUUAUUAUUAUUAUUUGCAUUGUUAGUGUUUGAAAACCUUGACCUGAAUUAUAAAAAUCAUUUUGGCUUGCAGCUAGACUUCAGUGCCCAGUUUCAUUCAGAUAUUUUGGUGACUGGAAAUAGAAACCAAAAAUGGACCUUAAAUGUGUGUGGGUUUUUUUUUUUAGGACAACAGAGGCACGUUUUGAUGUCAUUUCCUAUUUAUACUGCAUUAGAGAGGGUACCUGAUGUGUGUUUAAAGCGGCAUUUACGUAUGUUUCGGAGCUAUUCUGAGAUCCAAACAUCUUUCUGCAGAACUGACCGAUAUGUAUAUGUGCAGUUAUAAAUCCAACUCCCUGUAUAAAGGCCUCUAAUUAUACUCAGUGCAAAAUGAUUCAAAUAUAAUGAUCUCGACUGUAACAUGUAUUAAUUCACUUUUUAUUGAAUGACAUAAAGUAAGAAAUACAGUAAGUAUGUUUUAAACACACUCAGUUUAACAGGGUCAGGUACAGAACCAUUAAGGAACUAGCAGGACCAGGCUCCCAGUAGAUGAUGGCCUAGAGGUCCCGACAGGUGAUGUUUGAAUUGUGUUAAGCAAUAGAAUAUAUUUAUUCUCUACUAUCAAGCGGCAGAGCCUGCACACAUUUGCGAGACAGAAAUGUCAUGUAAAGUAAUUAUACCUCACAUCCCCUGGGAGCCUGGGAAUGCAGCACAGAUUGACUUCCAUUUUUGUAUCUUAAUCACAGCACACUUUCUGGAAAAAAAGGGACAAAAUUCUCAGAGGAAUCUCUUUUCUCGGUUUGUCAGGAGAUAUGAAGAGUUUGCACACUGGGACCUGCUGCUCGUACCAGCACACCCCUGUUCCACCAUGACCCCCAGCAGAGAAUUCUGGGAUUGACGUUAGCAUCACUCCCACUGAUGGCCUGCACCAGGUUUCAGCUAACCUGCUGAAGCUAUGGGGAGCUGUUGGAGCUGUCUAUACAGAGACGCCAUUCAAGACAACCACCCCACCAAAUUCAAGGUGACAAAUGUGGAUGAUGAAGGGAACGAGCUGGGAUCUGGGACUAUGGAGCUCACCCAAACCGAGCUCAUUUUGCACACACGAAAGCGUGACGCCAUCCGGUGGCCGUACCUCUGCCUGCGUCGUUACGGCUACGAUUCCAACCUGUUCUCCUUCGAGAGCGGGAGGCGUUGUCAGACAGGACAGGGGAUCUUUGCAUUUAAGUGCUCUCGGGCAGAAGAGAUCUUUAACCUUCUGCAGGAGCUGAUGCAGUGCAACAGCAUUAACGUGGUGGAGGAGCCCAUGCUCAUGACCCGUCCUGGCCACACACCGGAGAUGGAGAUGCCUCGAACUCCUCAAACACCUAACACUCCCGGGUUUCCAGUUCAGACGUUUCCUAAUGGAUACCCGGGGUACCCUAUAAGUGCAGACUCAUCACAGCCCUCCCUUUCUGAUGACCACAGACACAGCCUCAUGGGGAUAGACGACCAGACACAUACAUAUGUGAACACAGUUAGUAUGGAGAGUGAGCUUUCGAGCCGCCACUGUGUCCGAUCCCUGCCCGAGGUUCGGCCCCCUGCCUUCAGCGAGGCGUCCACCAAACCAAGCCAACCCAGCAUGCACUGCUGCGGCAUGGACGACUCCCACAAGGACCCUCAGCUCUUCCUCCAGCCAGGAGCUCAGGAGGUGAAGUUCAUGCUGGGGCCGACGCCGGCACAACGCCACAUGAUGGAGCGCGACCGAGACCGGCACUCCUCUCACCCACUCCGAGCACCCGAUGGCAGCUCCGAAACCGAGGGAGAGGAGGCUCCACCCCUUCACAUAUGCAACACGCACUCCUACCACCAUUACCAUCAUCAUCUGCACCGACAUUCCAGCAUGGAGCCAUGCCCAGGAAGCCAGCUAACAUAUGAGAACAUUAAUGGUCUUCGAGGGCCACGCAGGCAGAGGCUGAGCCCCAGCAGUGCCUCCCAGUCGCAGUCUGUGGGCUCAAGCAGCAGCAGCAGCACAGCUGGAGAAACACACCCACAUACACACCCGCACUCCCUGCCACUCUCACACACACAUGCCUCCUCAUUGCCUCCGCAGGGCUACAGUGGGGGCCACCGACGCUCUGCUCUGCUCAACUACGAGAACCUUCCAUCACUGCCACCAGUGUGGGAGUACCGUGCUCUUCAGCGGGAUGAGGAAGAGGAGCAGGACGAAGAUGAGGAAGAUGAUGAGUAUGAGGAAGAAGAGGAGGAGGACUUUGAUGAGUAUGAGUACUCAGAGGGGCCAGGAACCCCGAAUGGAUAUCAUCAGGAAAGUGGUAGCAGUGGUGGGAUUCAUCGCGAUGCUCUGCAGAACUACGUCAACACCGAACAGAUCCAGCCUCCCACUCAUCUGCAUCAUGCGUGCCCUCCUCAUCCUCAGCCCUCUGAGAGGGGUGGCCGAGUUUUCAGUUUUGAUUUCCGCCGGCAUCGGGCGGGGCGUGGCACAGUUGGCAGUGCAGCCUGCGAGCAGCAUGGCCGCCACCUGCCCCCACCACCCUCGCGCCAGCUCAACUACAUCCAGGUGGACUUGGAGGCUGGAGCCUCGAGUUGCCCGGGACACGGAGGGGGCGGAGCUCAAGUGCCACAGAGACCGCCUCCAAUGAAGCGCGGCAUGGCUGCUGCCCCGGUCAUGCCUCCAUCCCGCCGUGGUGAGUGUUAUGCUGUGAUCGACCUGCAGAAAACUGCAGCCAUGUCCAACCUGCAGAAAGCCCUGCCUCGUGAUGAUGGCACAUCCCGAAAGACCCGCCACAACAGCACCGACCUGCCUCUGUGAGACAAAAUGAGUGUUAAAGAGUGAGGAGAAAAAAAAAUGUUAUGGGUAAGACUAAAAACAAAAGGAGCUCUGUGGUGUUACUGUCCUCUCACCAUUUAGUUGGAGUUUCCAUCCUCACACUCCUAUUUUUAACACAUUUGCACUUAUGCCAGCUAUUUCUUGUGGAUACAAUAAGGCAAAACUGAAUAUACCAGCUGUGUGAUAGAAAUUCAUGCAAUUUUUAAAGGUGGUCCAUAACUUUUGGUGCCCAGUGACCACCAAAUUGUAAUCGAGCCCCUCCUUCUAAACUGAGCCUCACAGUUAUACCUUCACAGGUUUAUAAGAAAAGGUGUUUAAAAUGAUCUAAAAGGAAAAAAUCGCAUUCCAGAUGAGAUCGGAAGCUGCUCUGUAAACAGCUGUGUUUUCAGCGUACGUAAAACAGAGUACUAUAGGUUUGAAAGCUUGUUAAUUCACAGCGGUUUUUACUCCGGGUCUAUCAUUAACUUUUAUAGUAUGUUACAUCCUAGAGCAUAAAAGGUUUCCACAUUGUAGCUGUUUUAUUUUAAAUAAACAUUCAGUUCAUUUCUCAUUAAAUAUGGUUUAGAAAGUUUUUUUUUUAAGUGAUUAGGAAAGAGUAAAAGACAUUUGAGUCUAAGAGAUUACAGUCUGACUGCUGUUCCCACCACCCCAAAGUAAUCACUUAUCUGCGAAGUGUUAAUGAAGUGCAAAUCCAAGAGUCUGUAUUUAUGUAAAUCUAUGUUUUGGAAAAACUGUGCAAAGCAUCAUAGCCAUGCAUAUGCAGAAGGAAGGACUUUCAUUAUUUUUUUAUAAUAAAAAAAAAAAGUCAUUCCAUGAGCCUUGAUUAGGCAAACCUUAUUUAUAUUAAUUUAUUUAAUUUUAUUAUGCAUAUUUAUGCAUCUAUGGAUUUGUUUGAUUUUGUUAUUUGACUCUUAUAAAUAAGAGUAGAUAACAUAUAUGUCAGUGAGAUUAAUUGUCUUCUAUAGGCGAUGAGGAAGACGAUAGAAUCCAGCUUUGUUACGUCAUGUCAUUGUUCCGUUGUCUUUUCUAACAGUUCCGUGCGGAUUUAGUCUAUUUUAGUGACAUGUUUGUGCCAAACAGAUGAAUAUAAUACUGAAUCACGUGCCAAUGGUGUAUAUGGAGUUUGAGGGCUAACUAUCAACAGCAGCUGGAAAUAAAACACAGCUGUACUCACUACACAAAGAUCAUAAGCUAUCCAGGGCUAAAAUGUCGACGAUGUAGACAUCGCCUCCCAUUUGUACAUGCCGAGUCAGGAUAUUUUUUUUUUCUUCAGUUUUUACUGCAUAUGGAUUUUAUUGAAUCUGGAUGUUUUGUUGUUAGUAGCAGAAUUCCAGGCAGGGUUCAUGUUUGUCUGUUCCACCUAAAGUAACAGGUAGCCUACGUGUACAUGUUGCCUUGCAGUUAUAUACUGUGAAAAAGACUAAUAUGAAUGAUGGCUUAAAUUCUGCAAUUACCAGAUGUUCAUAUACAUACAAGGAUUACAAAGAAUUUUGUUAGGAAUGUGUUCUAGGUAGUUAAAGAAAGACUGAUCCAAUAGUAUUAAAAAAACGUUUUUCAAUCAAGAUUCGGAUUUUAGGGUUAAUCUGUUUUGCGGGCGGAAAGGGCCAUAAAAUAUUUGCUUGUUUUCUUCAAGUCAUUGGUCUUUACUUCCUGAUCAAGUCUUUCCACCUGUUUUACAAAAUUUCCUUUUGUUCCAAGCAUUUUCUCUAACUGUGAUUAGAGAAAAUCCGGUUCUACAUUAUUAUCAACUUCAAAACUUAGACAGGAAGUGUUCUGUACUUCAUACAACUGAACCAUAACCUGUAUUCAUCCUAUUUUAAAAGCUAUGAUUACAGACAGAGCCCAAAACUACACUUACCCCUCAGCUAUGAACGUGCUAAGUAUGUGAAACUUUGGAAAAUAGGUGGAAACAGUAAUAGAGCUUCUUUUUGUUUAGCUGGGUGGGGAUGUAGACUCAGCCAACGCUUCACACUGGAACUGGCAGCCAUGCUGAACUGAGAGCAAAGCCACAUGGAGCUUCCUUACCAAAUUCUUUGCAACCAAAUUUUUUCCCGGACCAGUGUGAGGAAAUAGUCAAUAGUCAAAGUAUUUCCAAUACUUGUAAUAAAAGUAUUUUAAUUCAGAUCUCAUUUGUUCAGAAACAAACAUUCCCACAGCUUUAGUUAUUCGAAGCGACCGUUCUUCACAGAGCCUUGCAUUUCACUCCAGUAUGGCUGUUAGUGGGGUCAAGCCAAACAAAAUCAACAUGUAAUAUAUACACUCACACAGGUACAUUGCAGUGUUUGUAAUGUACUCUAAGAAUGCGAUGAUAAACUAUUUGGACACUUUUGAACACUUUUAAGAGAGUCAAUCUAGUUUUAACAUCUAUAUUUUUGGUAUUGUUGUGUGAAAAAAAACAUUUUGCAAUAACAGCUACUGGGGUCAUAUCAGUGUUUGUCUAAGUUGUGUGAAAAAUGAUGAUGCUGAUGCUGAUGACGACGAUGAUGUGUGUAUGUGUGUGUGUGUGUGGUACGAAGAGAUUUCAUCACCUUUCAAAGAGGUCUUAAUCAGCACUGGCUUUGCUGUCUCUCUCAGGCCUUGAUACUCAUGUGCUGUUGGGCUUAAUCCAGGCAUUGUGGGGAAAAGGGGAUUGUAUUUGUAUUAAAUGUGACAUAUGUGAGAUCAUAGAUAAAGUAAUUGUGUUCUAAAAAAGAAAAAAAGCGUCAUGAAAUCGUGGGGAAAAUGAAGGUGCACUAGGAAACCUUAGGCUCUUGUCUUUAUGUUGGUUGUGUGAGACCUCUUUGGAUCGUGAAUGUUUUUAUUUUCAGGAUUUUCCAUUUUUAACAUCAUUUUUUUAUUCCAUCAGGGUCAAUGAAGUAGCUCUUCGCUGUGAAUUUCAUAUAUUAUGGGUUACACGUUAGACCCAGGCUAGUUGCACUGAAAAUAGAAAUAGGACGACAAUAAUCCUGAAUUAUUGAAUAUUGAAUCCCACUGUAAAAUAAAAAAAAAGAAAAAAAAAGAAAAAAAGAAAUGUUUUCAGAUUUUACAAAGAAAGGUUGAAUGGUCAUUUAGCAUUUCCAGGUGUCUUUACUGCAAUCUUUGUUUCGACUCUCCUUGUUGACUUGUUUUUGUCAAAACAACUAUGUACCUCUCUGUUAAUACAAUGUCACGAAUGGGAUUUGCAUAUAAUUCUAUUUUCAUCCAAGCCUGAGAUAAAUGUUCAGCUGAAGGUAAUUUUGAAGGAAGCCUAUCUGAAAUCUGAACGACUUGCUGGCAGUCUGGCUUCAUAUUUUGUCUUAAUAAGGCUUAGGCAGAGCUCACUGACUGUGAUGUCCUGCGCAUUAAUGUGAACGAGUGCCAAAUGUGUCUGAGUAAGAGCGAUCGAGAGCGGCUCAUGCAUUGGACCCUUUAGUGGAGCUUGCUGGGCUCAAAGCUCUGUGAACAGUCUUACUCUCUGUAUGAAUGUAAUACACAGAGACGGACUCGUAAAACGCCCCAGAUCAGGCGAUUUACACUUGAUGUUUCUAUCCUCACUGAUAAGAGAAAAAAAAAAGUGUUACUGUUUUGUCUUGAAAAAUUCGAUUUUUUCCAGUUGGUUUCUUUGUAUACAGUAUUUACAUUUUCUUGUAAGUAUGUAUUUCUGUGUGCGUACAUAACAUAUAUAUGGGUAUGCCGUGGCAGUCAGCUUCUCCUGUGUUUGUUUACACAACACACUACUUUUUUGCCACAGCCGUUGAACUGUAGGAAGAACCGUCCGUGCACCGGAAUUCAUUUUGUUAGAUGGACAAUGCGUUGUCGUCUCUGUCAAGAGAGAUGAGAUCUUCAGUAGUCUGAUGUAGUUGCAGUCCUAACCCUUUCCCUCCUCCUUACAAUGCAGAGCAGGCAUGCCCCAUAUUGAAUGUUAUUUUCAGCCGUAUAAACCUUUGAAGAGAAAGGCUUGUACAAUAAAAUGAAUGUGAUUCAAUGUAAUGUCAAUAUUAAAAC